AUGUGCGUGUGCGUCGGCUGUGGAAGGCUCGCCGGUCUGUCUCUCGUCUGUAGCGCUCAGGUGCGCUUCAUCCUCAUUCAGAGGUGAAAACUUUCCGAAACCGCUACCAUGGAUUAUAAGAUAUCAGCAGGCAGUCAUUUAUGAAAAUACAGUGAAAUAUGUUGAAGCAUCGCGGCAGAGUCGGAGGAAAGCCCGAUUAAAGCCGUUAAAGUCCUCUGUGACGGUUUCCACUGACUUUUAUCUUUUACUACUCUCUCCUCUCUAUCUGGCUCUAAAGCUGGACUCUUAAACUCUUUUUUUCCCCUCCAGCCUUUCACACUAUCUCUCCAACCUUUUCUUCAACCAUCCCCUGUUCCCCCGUAGCUCACAUCCUCUCCUGCUCUCGCCUGUCCUCUUUCAGACCUUUACUUUCUUCUCUUGUCAUGUCUGUAUCCAUGAGGAACCCACCACAGCGCCGGCGCUCUCUAGGUCCCGUCUCGCCCAAACGCAUCUACAGAAACCUGUCCUUCAGACUCAGGGGGGGUGGAGAGUCAUCUGUUGCCGCCGACUUGGAUGCGCCUAAACGCCCCAGCAAGUCUGCAGAUGCUUACAAGACCCUGUGGGAGGCAGUGGAAAAUGAGGAUACACUGGCUGUACAAAGCCUUCUGUCCAGAGACCGCAGCAGCGGUGGAGGAGGCGGAGGCGUAUGGGAGAAAGGAGAGAAAAAAGAGAGGGACUGGGAGAGGGACCGGGAGAAAGGGGUGAACAGAGUGAGUGAACAGGGGCUGGUCCCCCUGGAUGUGGCUGCCCUUACCCACAAUUCCCCGCUGCUUCAUGUACUGACAAAGGCAGGAGCCAGACACAACCCUGUUUUGUGCCGACCAGCGGAGUGGGCACUCAAGCUGGACGCUCUGGUGGCCUUGGCAGAUAAACGGACAGAAGAGAGGAAGACGGAGUUAGCGAAAAAGGCCGGGGCAGGCCCUCAGGCACAGGCUGAUCUUCAGAGGCACAUCCAGCUCUGGAGGCUGCGGCAGCAGCUGUACUAUCGGAUGAGAGAGAACUUCCAGAACACAGAGCUCCCGGGCUCCCCCAGUCAUGUGUCCAUCCUGGUGACGAGCACAUCCUCUCUGUUUGUGACAAUCAAAGAGCCAGAGGGGGACACGGUGGGGCUCAUCACCCGCUACAGAGUCGAAUGGAGCACCUCGGCCAGCUUCAAACGCAUCCUCGGCACGGCCCAAGUUAUAGAGACCAAGAACCCCUCCUACGUUAUCAAGGGGCUGACGGCAGGAGUGCAUUACUUCGUGAGAGUGAGCGCCUACAACGUGAAAGGAUGGGGCCCGCCUCAGUGCUCCACUCCAGCCAGCGCUGCCCCCUCCAGUUGGAGAGAGUGCGCUGGUGUAAAGUCACAGCUCAGAAAUCACGAGGCCCUCGUGAGGAAGCUGCUGGAAGAUGCCAAGGAGUCGCAUCUUAGAGGAUAUUGCAUAGAGAGCUCGAAGCCCCAGAGUCCCAGCAAGCGUCUGUCAGUGUCUCGAGGCAUCAAACAACUGUUCCAGUCCGCCACCAAGUUUGUUCGUUUCCUACAGAGGGGGGUGUACUUGGCGACUGUGUUCUACCACAAGGAUAACAUCCUGGUCACAGCCGAAGAUCAGAUCCCACUGGUGGAGAUCCAGUGCUGCUCCACCUCCAUCACCCAAGACUUCCUUUGGCUUGCCAAGCUGUCCUGUGCAUGGCAGCAAGUGCCCUGGCUACAGCAAGGGCUUUCCUCCGCUCACUCAUCUCCCUCCUCCCUCCUUCAGAACAGACACAACAUUUUAAGAGCUGUUUCCCAGCUGCAGUCUUCUCUGGGAGCAGUGGACCUGGGCCAGAUCUACUAUGAACCCCUGAAGGAUCGGCAGGGCAACGUACUGCUAGUCACUCUGAAGGAAUUUCCAAACACUCCCAGCCCCCCCGACCCCCCGCUCCACUGGAUGCCUCUGGCACGCCUGGAAAAGAACCGCAGCAGAACGCCUCUGCUGCCUGAGCCCACCGCCAUGGACAUGCUCGCUGAGCAGCUCAAGGAGAAGCUGUCCUUUCACAGGCACAGCCUCCAGUGCGCCCAGCCGGGUCUGUAUGUGGGCAUCCUGAAACUGUGUAGCUCGGUGGAACAGAUCAGGGUGCUGGUGCCUCAGAGGUUGCCCAGUUUACUCUGCCACACACGGGUUCGGCACAACGCGCACGUGACCAGAGAGGAGUGGACGUGGCUUCAGAGUCAUGUUUACACUGCAGCCAAUGGCGGUGUUCAGAGUCUGUUGGACGCUGAGGACGAGAGCACGAUGGAGAGCAGCAGUAUGGAGGAAUUCGUCAGGUCUCUGAGAGCAGCAGUCACACAUCUCCUGACGAAGCUCAACAUCCCCCUCUACAGGGCGUAUCAGUACGGCGUGUACACCCAGGAGUUGCUUCAGUUUGGGGAUAACCUGUCAAUGCUGCUGCUGCUGCCUCCCAGUGAGGACUUCAGCUCCAGUUACUGGCCUCUGGUGGGGAUCAAGGAGCCCGGCCUCACCAUGCCUCUGCAGAUCUUUGAGCUGGUUCACUUCUGGACAUAUGAGCGGGAUUUCCUCUCACAGUACUGUCAGGCCUGGGUAAGGCUGGAGCUGGACACUCACCUUGCCCAGCAGGCUCUACGGGAAGCGCUGGAGACCAAAGAGGUGCAGGAAGCCCGGGAGCGGCUGAACCACAUCAGUGGGCUUUCACAGCGUCUGGAUGUGGUCUGGAGGGAUGCCCGCUGGAUUAUGGACUGUCUACAGUGUGUUCGGUCCAAGCAGUGGGUGGGGGCGGUGCCUUUAGGCCUGGUGAUGGGAGGAGACCCACCACCAUGUCCUGAUGGUGAGGAAGAGGAGAGUUUGACUGUCCGAUUGUCAUGGCCCCAUCGAUUAGCACAGAGAGCCAUUACAGAGAAUUCGGGCAGUGCGACUCCACCAAACAUCGUCACCGCUGAGGUCUCAGCUCCAGCUAUCCCUGCAGAGGCUGCGCUGGUGUUGAUGGAGGGUGUCGUGAAGGGAGGGUACCCUGUAGACAUCACCACUCAGUUGCCUGCAGACUUGGCAAGUUCUGGCCAGUCAGAUUUGGGAUCUGGAAGUGCUUUAAUGGAGUCUGGAUUGAAGCCUGCUGCUGUUGCACAGCUGGAAGUGGACUAUCCAACUUUGGACACACAGGAGUCCUACAGCAGAGAACAGGACUUACCUUCCAGCAUCACUGAAGUAAUCCGGCCGAUGGAGAUGGCAGAGUUGGUGGACAUCUUGCCAACGCUGAGUCUCAUUGAGGAGGAGAACCCCUCAUGCCCAUCCACGCCAUCAGUAAUGGACAUGCUAGAGAGCUUUGGACUGGACAUUGGUGAAAGAAACUCCAUCUUUGAGUUUGGGAAUUCAGACCCAGUGGAUGGAAGCAGCUGCCCGUUGUCACAAGAACAAUACACGCCUGCCUCUUAUGGCACGGUGAAUGGCACAGACGGUGAUGCGCCUGUUUCCACAGACGUUCCUCAAGACGAAGCAGAGACUCAGAAGCUUCCCAGUAAGGGGGCGUGUCUUCCAGUAAGGAAUCAAGUGGAGUGGGAGAGACCCUCUAACAGCUCAUCCUGAUGUCAGCUUAAACACCUGGAUCCUUCAGACUUUAGUGUGAAUUUACAUGCAGAAAAUCCAAAUUUGACCCUGUGACUUAGACAUUCUCCUUGUUUCCUGAUCUUAAAUCAGUGUUUUAAAUGACAGGCAGAUACAAGCUCAUAUCGCACACUUGUCACACCCAAGAUAAUGGAAAAUACGGGAAAUGAAAAGGAGGCUGUGUGGAUUUUUUCCCUUUUUUUUUGCACAUUUCUUUGGCUUUAGUUUAUCUUUUCUAAUAUAGAGUCCAUUUAACCUUGUUAGGUGGAAAAAUUAAGCUAUAUUGUUGCUGUUAUGACUUGAAAACCCAUUAUUCACUACAGCACAAAAACAUCCACGCUGCUGCUUGUCGGAGCUGUAAACAAACCCAUUAAAUUCCCACAAUUCAGUCAAAUGGAAGCAUUUGCUUGGCAGAUUAAGAAAAGCUGUCAUACUUGCAUGUGUAACUGAAUAAUUACGGCUGCGUUUGGUUUGGUUCGAAGCGGUUUCUCUGGUUUAUUUACCACAGAGAGGCAAACUGAACGAGAGCGCUGAAAGCAUAUUAGAAUGUAAGAACACAAUAGGAUAUAAUGGUCUUGCCUUUCAGCUCGGCGUCUUUCAGUGAAAGUCAGUAUAUGGCCAUUUUAAUGAGACGCUUUUUCAAAUUAAACUUCUUUGUGCGUUGCCACAGUUAAUACUAUUAUGGAAGUGCAAUAUGUUAGGCAUAAAAUACAAAUGCUUGAGUCGGUUAGCCAGCCUUGAGAGGCUGAAUCAGCGUGCGACCUCAUAAACGAGCUGUAGUAAUGAAUGUACUAUUAAUGAAAUGACAUCUAAACAUCCCAAACAUCCAGAUAAAUGAAUUUAGAGGCCGUUUGUAUCUCCUACAUGUCCUCACUUCUAGGAGAAAAUCAAUGCCUGCAUGUCUGAUUUCAAAAGCCCCUGCACUCUCUGACAGCUGCUAAUGCACUCCUGCUUGUUUGACAUGUUAUCUCACUCUGUACUUGUUAAGGCUGGAAAUCCAUCAUAGUUUAAUGCAAUUUCAAAUCACUCGGAAUGACUUCAAGCGCCCGUUUGAUGCUGGAAGAUGGUGCACUUACACAGAUUGUUAAUUAAACAAAGAGGAGCGCGGAGUUUGACUUGAGAUAAGCAGCUUGGUAUUUUAAUCGCACCCCCAUCCCUUUAUGAUAAAACGAAGGCGUAGAAACAUCAGCUUUGAACGGUAUUUGGUUUAACAAUACAAUCUAGUGGAGCGAUCUGCUGAGAAUGUCCCCCCACUGAUGUGUCGAAAUCAUUCGUCUUAAAAGAGCAGAUAAUGGACUACAGCAGCGUGAUGUUCAAAUUCUUAUUAAGAUAGAGCCGGCUCUGACAAACUUUGAAUAGUUACAGGUGGGAUCAAAGCAGAAGUUUUUUCCCCCUGUGUAAUUUAAUGGGAAAGCAUUUAUGGUAUUUAAUAUGUGUAUCAGAGGAAACUUGGUCACCAUACAUCAGUUAGAGCACAUCAUUGAUCUUGUGCUUUAAAUGCUCAGUCUGUGUGUGAGGAGGUGAAAAGUGUUGGGAUGGUGAAAAGUCAUAUCAGGUUGACCUGACCAUACAGAGGGGAAUCUGCCCCCUUUGGUAACUUGAUGCACUUUUAGAUGGAAGACUGAGAAGAGUGAACUGGUGUUUGUUCUGAAGAUGAUGGACCAUAGAUGGCUGUUUACUGACACCUAGUGGUCAUAAAUGAUUAAAACUCUCUUCAAUUUGUGGCUAAUAUGCGAGUUUUGGCAUUCGAUUCAUGCUUUUCUGAUGUUUACAACUGGCUGGAACAUAGAUGCAAUGCAAUAAUGAAUAAUAAGAGAAAUAUUAAGUAAAGUGAAAACAAUCAAAACUAUUUAUCCUGUCACACUCAGAUCUGCAGUUUGUUGUGUUUAUCACAGCAGGGCUCACAGUAGUUACUGAAAUAUCUUUUGUUUCAAUAAAUAGGCCGCUCUUAACUCAUCUCAGCUCAUCUAAAUGACUUCAUUGCUACUGUUUUGGUGUCAUGUAUUUACUGUGCAAUCUGUGGCCUGCAGUUUAGGUUUCUCUUUAAGUGUCAAAAGACAAGGGAGGAAAUUUGACACCACAGGGCUAACUCUGGCUUAUUUAGUUAUUUUGCUGUUUGUGAAUAAGCACAGUCCAUUUCAA